CAACGGCUGUCAUCACAACGUACUUCCUUGUUGCAUGUAAGUGACCAAUGGCUUCAAAUACAUCACUGUGUGCGAUAUGUGAUCUACGACAUCUCACCGCAUCGUCUACGCACUGGUGUCCAGAAUGUGAAGAAGCACUUUGCGUUGACUGUAAAGAACAUCACAUUCUGUCGAAAGCUUCCCGGGGUCACCACAUCACCCCUAUAUCAGACUACAAUGAUUUACCUCCGUUUAUCGCCAAUAUUGAAUUAUUUUGCACGUAUCAUAAUGAGAAAUACCUGCAAUACUGUGUAAAGCAUGAGGUUCCUAUUUGUUAUAAGUGUAUAAAAGAACACGGCAACUGCGGAGGACUGACGCUUCUAGAGGAUCUUGCUAGCGAAGUUAAAUCAUCUGAGGUGUUCCGAGAUAUGGAACAAAGCUUACAUGAUAUAAUAGUAAAUAUUAGUAGAAUUCGAGAGAACAGGGAGUCCAAUAUUAUAACUAUUAAAGAUAAAAAGAAGCAAAUCAUUGAAGAUGUUCUUCGAUUAAAAAAGGAGAUAAACUUACACCUUGAUAAGAUGCAAGAGGAUUUUAUGAAAGAACUUGACAAAGUAGAAGCGGAAUGUUAUGAAAAGAUCGAAUCAAUCGUGUCCUCUCUCAAGGACCAAGACAAAGAGAUAGUUCAGUGCAACGCAGAUAUCGAAAAUAUAAAAACAUAUGCUUCAGAUUUACAAGCAUUCCUUGGUAUGAGAGAUAUCCAGAACACUAUUACAAAAAAUAAGAAUUACAUUGAGUUCAUGGUUCAAAGUAAGAAUGUAGAAACAAUCGUCCUGGAUUGUUCUAUCGAUGCAAAGAUACAGGAUUCUAUAACUAACAUAAAGAAAUUGGGUUCCAUUAUGGUUGAAAGAUACUCAUCUGAAACCAUCGAAUUAGUUAGGAAGAAAGACAGACAGGCUCAAAUAUUGGUAACUGAGGAAAACCAAUCUGUAAACAAUAUACAAUUAAAUUUUAAGCGGAAACUAAAACCUUCAUGUGUUAACACGAGGGGAUGUUGUAUGACGGAAUAUGGUGGGUAUCUUUUUACGGAUUACCAUAACCAUCAAGAGAAACUUGUGGGAUUGAACUCAUCUGGAAAAACUGAAUAUACCAUCAAGCUUGCAGAGUCAUACAGUGCCUUCGAUUUAGCAUGUAUAGACGACAACACAGUAGCUGUUAGUACUGGAUAUUCCUAUGGAACGACCGGUAUAAUGAUUAUUGAUUUGACCACCCGAAAAGUGAAAAGAUUCGUUGAAUUACCUGGUAUACCUUUUGGCAUUACUUUUGAUGGUGGAUCAUUGAUUUGCUGCUGUGAAGGUUAUGACAUGCGUGAAAUAUCAUGUACAGACUUUAGCUGUACUAUCCUUCCUAACACGUUCACGUCAACGAGUUCGUACGUUGCAACCCAAGGUGAAAUGAUUGUCUAUACUUUUCCUUAUAAAAAUAAAGUAUCUUGUUUAAACAUGAGAAAACUAGUUUGGGAGUUCAAGAAUGAUGCUUUAAAGAACCCAGGAGGGAAGCAGUUGCUUAACCAUAAGCUGUAA